ACUCGUCUCAGAAGUACACGGUCUUACAUAAACCGCAUAACUAUAUCAACAGCGCAAAAGAGAAACAAACAAUCUUUAUUACGGAAAAAGACAAAGCAGAAUACAAGGAGAAAACCCGCUCUGUGACGGUAUAAAACAAUGACUACUCUAGGUCAUCUGAUCGAGGCUUUUGAAAACGAGUCCUUCUGUGACGUAGAAAUCAAGUUAGAAGAUGGCAGCAUUCUGCGGGCACAUGCCGUCAUAUUGAAACUGGGGAGUGUCUGGUUCCGGAGGAGACUGAGUGAAAACGUGUCGACCGAGGGGCCGGUUUUGUGUGAUAACCAUGCACAACAAACAAUGAAGGAUGUCAUCAAAUUUCUGUAUACUUCUAGUAUCACUAUUUCCGUCGAAAACGUUGAAGAGUUGUAUAUGAUAGCGAAUUAUUAUUCAAUCGACCGCCUAUCAAAAAUGUGUACCGACUUUUACGAGAUGGUUUCUUGUGAAAAGAUGACGAGGAAAAAACAAGAAAGGCAGUCGAUUGCAGAAAACAUAGAAAUUGAUAUGCCGAGUGGUGAAGAUGCAAAGGAAAUCGCCAUUAUUUACCGAUCGCACGGUGGGAUGGCAUUUGAAAGAUUAUUUCGGCCUGAUGAUUCAUUAAAGAGUAUUUACACAUGGCUCUGCGCAGAGGUCGAAGCAGAUAUUUUGCCACCGAAAUUCAGCCUCGGCUGCAGUGACCCCGCAUCGUGCACGGCGGGUGGAUGUAAACACACCUAUCCCCUAACUGCGGAAAUCGCCAACAGGAGCGGAAUUGGGAGUCUACCAGAAGUCCUGUUCAUUAAACAAGAGGAAUUCACAGGAAAUGACACGUUGACGGGGUACGACAACGUCUUGUUUGCCUAAAAAGAAAAUUCAAACAUAAUACAAAUAAGAACAUGUUUCAUUCCCAAGAAAGGAAAUGACCUUUGACCGGGUACGACGUCGUCUUGUUUGCCUGAGAAUAAUUUACAAACAUUUCAUGUUUUACGAUAUUACAUAUACUACAAAUA